CAUCUCAUCUGUGAACACCGUCUUACGAGGACAUCAUGGAGAUAGACACCAUUUAUCAAAAUGUUGAAGAGGCUACACAUGAAGGAAAAGCUCAACAAAACAGAUGCAGAUGUUUGGUGUUGGCGAUGGUGAUUCUUGGUAUUAUUUGUGUAAUUCUGCUGGUCUUCGUCACGCUGCAGCACAUCCGGGCUGAUUCUAAUCAUCAUGGUUUGUUUUUCAUUUACAAUGAGACGAACAGCUGGUCUGAGAGCAGGCAGUUCUGCAGGGAUCGUGGUGGUGAUCUGAUCAUUAUUAACACUGAAGAGAAGCAGAGGUUCAUAUCUCCAUUUGUCGAGGACUAUCUGUGGAUCGGUUUGACCGACGUAAAGAUCGAGGGCAACAUGAAAUGGGUGGAUAAUUCACCACUGAAACAAGGGUUUUGGAUUGACGGUGAGCCCAACAAUCUUGAAGGUGAAAACUGUGUGAUUAUAGCUCCUGUAGAAAACAUCCUGAAGAACUGGAAUGAUGCCCCAUGCACAUACAAAUUUAAAGCCCUUUGUGAAAAAUAGAUUUCACCCAGCUUUGCAAUGACUUUACAUGUAUUAUUUACUGUAUGGGUCAUUCUUGUUGUACCUUUUCUGAUGUUCCGAAGUAUUUCAUCGUGUGGGCAAUUCUAUA